AUGGGGCUCAAAGCUUGGAAGUUUCUCAUGUUUUCAUGCCUGCUUUUUUCUUUCUUGGACUCAUCCUCGUCUACCAAGCCCCGAACCUGUAUGUCUCAAACGUUUUCCAACGGCAGGCAAUUUGCCAAAUGCAUUGAUCUUCCAGUUCUCAACAGUUAUCUCCAUUGGACAUACGAUUUAUCGGCGGGGACGGUUGAGAUGGCUUACCGGCGCACAAAAAGCACGUCGUCACAGUGGUCGGCUUGGGGCAUCAAUCCCAGUGGACCAAAAAUGGUGGGUACACAGGCUCUGGUAGCCGUCGUGAACCCCAACGGCGUGGCUGAGGCAUUCACGACCUCCAUUGACAGCAUGAACCCUUCCCUGAAAAGGAUGCAGUUGAACUUCCCGGUUUCAGGUCUUUCGGCCACGUUUGAGAAGAACGAGAUCACGAUAUUUGGCGUUUUGAAAAUUCCCCCAAGCUUGUUAGCCACUAGCCAUGUUUGGCAGCAAGGUCGAAUGGUUGACGGCCAAAUGCAGCCUCAUCCUACAUUUGGACCCAACGUUCAAUCCACCGGAGGUAUCAAUUUCAAGACGGGACUGUGAUGAUAAAUGUUGAUCAGUCAGUUACCAGUACUCUAUAUGGUUUUCUCAUCUCAAUCUACAUUAUAAAUGUUG